AAAAUAGAUCCCGCGGUGCGGCGGCAGUACGGUUCUGAGGUGUUUCGCGAACGCGCUAGGCCGGAAAUUCCUUGAGCUCAUACACUAGAGAAUCGUGAUCAAGAUGUGGAAUAGUAGUGGAUAUGAUAGCUACGGCAGCUCCUUUGGGGGCGCCGGUGGCUACACACAGUCCCCGGGGGGCUUCGGAUCGCCGACACCUUCGCAGGCUGAGAAGAAAUCCAGAGCCCGAGGCCAUCACAUUAUACCCUGCACCGUAUCUCAGUUGCUCUCUGCCAACAUGGUUAAUGAAGUGUUCAAGAUUGGGAAUGUUGAGAUUUCACAGGUCACUAUUGUGGGGGUGAUCAGACAUGCAGAGAAGGCUCCAAGCAGCGUUGUGUACAAAAUAGAUGACAUGACAGCUGCACCCAUGGAUGUUCGCCAGUGGGCUGACCUGGAAGAUCACAGUGAUGAAAACACUGUGGUUCCUCCAGAAACAUAUGUGAAAGUGGCUGGCCAUCUGACACCUUUUCAGAACAAAAAGACCCUUAUAGCCUUUAAGGUCAUGCCCCUGGAGGAUAUGAAUGAGUUCACCACACAUAUGCUGGAAGUGGUCAAUGCACACAUGAUGCUGAACAAAGCUAAUACCCAGCCCCCAGCAUCCAGACCAGACCUAGGAAUGAGUGGAGCAGGAAACUUUAACAGCUUCACGCCAGCAAAUGGCCUCACUGUGGCCCAAAACCAGGUACUGGAUUUGAUCAAGGCUUGUCCAAGACCUGAAGGAUUGAACUUGGAAGAGCUCAAGAGUCAACUCCAACAUAUGACCAGCAGCUCAAUCAAGCAAGCUGUGGAUUUUCUAAGCAACGAAGGCCACAUCUAUUCCACUGUGGAUGAUGAUCAUUUUAAAUCCACAGAUGCAGAAUAACUGGAUCUAGUUGGGCCCCUAAGAUACUUUCCAGCUGGACCUAUUUUCAGUCUGUUGUGCAUAUAUGCAGGGCUAUCCUUUUGAAAUUCACUAAAGUUUUUUGAAGUUCCAAGAGAUGUAAACCUGGGUUGAACUUCAUAAGUUACAAACUAGUCACAACAUCAGGCUAGGUGGAAUUGAAAGUGAAGUGCGGGGGAGCGUGGGUUAUUAAUUGAAAUAGUAGGCCAGCACCUCUUACUGCACGUUUCUUGUCGAGAGCCAGUGAAGACGGCAGAAGGCCGUGGUCCUGUUAGCAGAGAGCUAACCAAGAAUCUACUAACCUCUGCCUGUUUUUGUUCCCCAUUUUGGUUACAUGGUGUUAUUUUCAGAAUUGUACAUUUCUCAUCUUGUCACAACUGCUGCCUGGAUUUGUUUUUUAUAAAGGUGAGGUCUUAGAGCGGUGGACUUGGGGCAGAGGUGAGGAAGAGAUGUUAUUUUGUUUUGUACAAAAGUACAUUCAUAUGUUUAAUAAAAUAGUUAUA